AUGACUCACAGCGGUUAUGAAUAUCAAACCUCCUUUGAUGUGUUCCCGGACAUGAGGAGCAGCCACAGAGGGGAGGAGGUGGACCCUGGAUGCCGGCUCUGCGGGGCAGUGUGCGGAGGGCCUGGACACAUCUGGCAGCAUCCUGAAGCUCCAGGAGAACUUGGGGCGGUGCCCAGCACUGCUGUGGGCAUUCAGGGCAACCGGGAGAUAGCUGAAGUUGACCUCAAUAGGCCCUCCUGCCCUCUGAUCCAUAGGAGAACAGCUGCCAGAGGCUGGUUUCCUCAGGCAGAAACGUGUCACAGAGAAGGUGUUGGCUCAGAGGAGGGACAAGGCAAGGACGAGUCAGGAGGCAGAGCUGUCCCCAAGCGAGCCAUGCAGAGGGUCUGCCCCUUCAUCCACCUCACCCUCUUCUGGGCAGGAGUCAUGUCAGCUGUCGUGUUGGUGCCUCAAGACCAAGAAAAGACUGUGCCUGUGGGGAAAUCUGUCACCCUCAGUUGCUCCAUGAAAGGAGACUCCAUCAGUAAACACUAUAUUUUCUGGUACAGGAAGACCCCGGGUAACAAAAUAACUUUCAUAUACCGAGAAGGGGGUACAUAUGGCCCUGGGUUUGAGGACAACUUCCGAGGUAAAAUUGAUGGUUUAACCAACCAGGCUAUGCUGGAGGUCCUGAAGGCAUCAAAGAGAGAUGAAGGAUUUUACUACUGUGCCAGUAUUACCACCCUGCUGCAGGUUCACUUCUAA